CAGUUCCGGCGUCAAGUGAGGACGUGGCUCUGCCAUUUCCCAGCCUCUUCCUGUUCCGCUGCGGGCCCAGGCCUGCCCGCGGGCCUUGCCUGUUGGCGGAGCCGGCCCUCAGCCCGCGGAGGAUGAGGCAGCCCCGCGCGGGGAGCGAAGGCGGCGGCGGCUGAGGAGGCCCGGCCCGAGAGCCGGCGAUGGAGGAGAAAUGCGGCGGCGGCGAGGUCCUGCCCGGAGGCGGGCGGCUGGGGCCCGUGGACGUUCCCAGCGCCCGCCUGACUAAAUAUAUUGUGUUACUGUGCUUAACUAAGUUUUUGAAGGCUUUAGGAUUGUUUGAAUCUUAUGACCUCCUGAAAGUAGUUCACCUUGUACAGUUUAUCUUCAUAGUGAAGCUUGGGUCGGCAUUUUUUAUGAUUUUAUUUCAAAAACCAUUUUCAUCUGGAAAACCUGUCACCAGACAUCAGUGGAUCAAAAUAAUUAAACAUGCCAUCGUUGGCUGUGUAAUUUCCCUCUUGUGGUUUUUUGGCCUCACCCUAUGUGGACCUUUAAGAACUCUGCUGCUUUUUGAGCACAGUGAUAUUGUUGUCAUUUCACUGCUCAGCGUACUGUUCACAAGUUCAGGAGGAGGACCAGCAAAGACAAGAGGUGUGGCCUUUUUCAUUAUUGCUGUGAUCUGUCUUUUGCUUUUUGAUAAUGAUGACCUCAUGGCUAAAAUUGCAGAACAUCCUGAAGGACACCAUGACAGUGCUCUGACACACUUACUUUAUACAAUCAUCGCUUUCUUAGGAGUUGCCGAUCAUAAGGGUGGAGUAAUUUUGCUAGUGUUAGCAUUAUGCUGUAAAGUUGGUUUUCACACAGCUUCCCGAAAGCUCUCAGUAGAUAUUGGUGGAGCUAAACGUCUUCAAGCACUGUCUCAUCUUGUUUCUGUCCUCCUUUUGAGUCCCUGGGUGAUUGUUUUAUCUCUGACAACAGAGAGUAAAGUAGAAUCCUGGUCUUCUCUCAUCAUGCCCUUCAUCACAAUUAUCUUUUUUGUUGUGGUUUUGGAUUUCUACGUAGAAUCUGUGUGUUCCAUCAAGAUAGAAGUCUCAAAGUGUGCUCGUUAUGGAUCCUUUCUCAUUUUCAUUAGUGCUCUACUUCUUGGCAACUUUUGGACACAUCCAAUAACGGACCAGCUUCGAGCUAUCAACAGACCAACACAUCAGGAAACCACAGAGCAUGUUAUUUCUGGAGGAGUGGUAGUCAGUACCAUUUUCUUCAUUUUGUCUGCCAAUAUUCUCUCCUCCCCAACACGAAAAGGACAGAAAGGCACUCUUAUAGGUUAUUCUCCUGAGGGAAUACCAUUGUACAAUUUUAUGGGGGAUGCUUUGCAACACAGCUCUCAGUCCUUACCUCGAUUUAUUAAAGAAUCACUGAAACAAAUUCUUGAGGAGUCUGACUCAAGGCAGAUUUUCUAUUUUCUGUGCCUAAAUCUGGCUUUUACUUUUGUGGAAUUAUUUUAUGGUGUGUGGACCAACAGCCUAGGUUUAAUCUCAGAUGGAUUUCACAUGCUUUUUGACUGUUCAGCAUUAGUUAUGGGUCUGUUUGCAGCACUGAUGACUAGAUGGAAAGCAACUCGCAUAUUCUCAUAUGGGUUUGGCCGUGUAGAAAUUCUCUCUGGGUUUAUUAAUGGCCUUUUUCUCAUGGUAAUAGCUUUCUUUGUUUUCAUCGAGUCUGUGGCCAGGCUGGUUGAUCCUCCAGACAUUGAUACCAAUAUGCUGACUCCUGUCUCUGUUGGAGGAUUGAUAGUAAACCUUGUUGGUAUCUGUGCCUUUAGCCACGCCCACUCCCAUGGGCCUUCUCGGGGAGGAUGCCAUGCACACGACCACAGCCAUUCUCACCAUGGACACGGCCAUAGCCACAGCCAUUCCCAUAGUGACCAUGGGCACAAUCAUAAUCACGGACACUCGCAUGGGGCACUGGGAGGUGGCAUGAAUGCCAACAUGAGAGGGGUAUUUCUGCAUAUCUUGGCAGACACCCUUGGCAGCGUUGGCGUGAUCAUAUCAACAAUACUCAUUCAGCAGUUUGGCUGGUUGAUAGCCGAUCCCCUUUGCUCCCUCUUUAUUGCUACGUUGAUUUUUCUCAGUGUGAUCCCACUGAUAAAAGAUGCCUGUCAGGUACUCUUGUUGAGGCUGCCAAUAGAGCAUGAGAAAGAUCUGCACAUGGCUUUGGAAAAGAUCCAGAAAAUUGAUGGUGUCAUAUCCUAUAGGGAUCCGCAUUUUUGGUGUCAUUCUGCUAAUGUUGUGGCAGGCACUAUACAUGUGCAAGUAAUGUCAGAAGUGAUGGAGCAGAGAAUUAUACAACAGGUUUCAGCAAUUCUUAAGGAUGCUGGAGUUAAUAAUUUAACUGUCCAAGUGGAAAAAGAAGCCUAUUUUCAGCAUAUGUCUGGCCUCAGUACAGGAUUUCAAGAUGUCCUUGCAAUGACAAAACAAAUGGAAUCCAUGAAAUACUACAGAGAUGGCACUUACAUCAUGUAACCGGAUGCUGAAUCUGUAGGGUUCACUGUAUUUCAUCAGGUGAAUUUGCACAUAAAUGUAUAGAAACAAAUGCCGUAUAUAUUUGGAUUUUUAGAAAAUGUUACAUACCUUUAAAAAUAAGAUCAAGAGAUUUAAGAAGAGGUGGGAUAAGUAGAACAUAUGCUGUAUAUGUGGAAAUACUGGCAAUGUAAAAAUACUGUUAUUUGGUGUCUAUUAAAGAAAUUUUGCUAUGUGAGUGUGGAUGAGCACAACUAUAUUGCACAUUUCCCACCAAAAGGAAUAUCAAGCAUUUCUCUACCAUCUCAAGCCUAAAGAAAAUAAUUUAAGGUAGCAACAGAAAUAGCCAGACUCCAAAAAAAUGGCAUCUUCAGAGUUAUUUUGCUGCUGUAUGUGUAUCUACACAUUUUUUAAAUGAGUUUUUCAAAGUUCAUUAGAUACAAAUGAAUAUGUACAAUUUUAUAUUCCAGUUCUGUAUAUAAUCCUAUUUUCUAAGCAUAGCUUUGUUAAAUAAGGAAGAAUAGAUUCUACCAAUUUAAAAAUGUCACUGAGCUGAGCUAAUUUUUUAAAGAAGAAAAGUUAUUUUAACAAUUAGUCAGGAGUAAAAAAUACAUUCUUUGUUCUUGCACGCCUAUGUUUCUGUUCAGUGGGAAAGUUGAAUAACUAAUUGGAAAUUUGAACCACUAUGUAAAAUAAACAUUUUAUAAUUUUUAUA